GCCUGCUCCGCGGCCUACUGGGCCAUCCCCUACGCCUCCGGCGGCGGCGGCCCCGUGCUCGUGUCGAAGAUCGACGCCGUGGGCAAGAUGGAGCCCACGGAGGCGCCGCAGCGGUGCGUCGUCGGCCACAAGGCGGCCGUGCACCGCUGCGCGUUUAGUCCUUUCGACGACGGCCUGCUCUGCACGGCGUCCGACGACUCCUACGUCAAGGUCUUCCAGGUCGCGGGCGCCCUGGAACACCGCUACUGCGACGUCGAGGCGACGACCGUGGGCGCGCACGCGGGCGGCGCGCGCGAGCUCGCGUGGCACCCGUCCGCGGAGGGUCUGCUGCUCUCGGCGGGCGCGAGCGAGUGCUGCCUCUGGGACGUGGCGUCCCAGAAGAAGAUCGCGGGCACUAGUGUCGACGCGGCGGUCCACGCCGUCGAGUGGUCCUACGACGGCGCGACCUACCUCGCGUCGUGCCGCGACCGCACCUUGCGGCUCUUCGACGCGCGGACUGGCGCGGAGGGCUGGCGCUGCGAGCCCCACGGCGGGUCCCGCGCCUUCACGGCGCUCUGGGGCGGGCCCGGACACGCCGUGCUCAGCGCGGGCUCGGCCCAGCGCGGCGGCCGCGAGGUCUGCCUGCUCGACGCGCGCAAGGCGUCCGAGGGCCCCGUCUUCCGGAAGCUCGUCGACGCGCAGACGGGCGAGCUCAUGCCCGUCUACGACGAGGACUCGAGCGUCCUCUGGGUCUGGGGCCGCGGGGACACGUCGGCGAAGCACUACGAGGUCGACGCGGCCGCGGCGACGGCCGCCGACGCGUUCGACGCGGGCCAGGACUGGCGCACGGCGUCCGGCGCGGGCCCCCACUGCGGCGUCUGCGCGCUGCCCAAGUCGGCCUGCGACGUCAUGGCGCUGGAGGUCAUCAAGUUCCUCCGGCUCACGACGACGACCGUCGAGACCGUCGGCUUCUCCGUCCCGCGGACCGCGGAGCUCAAGGAAUACUUCAACGACGACCUCUUCCGGGAGACGCGCGCGCGCAUGUCGUCCAUGGACGCCGAGUCCUGGGCCGGCGGCGAGGACGCGCCGCCCGUCCUCGCGAGCCGCCGGCCGUCGUCGAACCCG